UAUUCCUGUAAGACACUAGUCACUUUCAGACUGACUGAUAAACACCAUCUGCGGUCGGAUCGCUCGCGUCGGUUGACGCCUUGUGCGCAGACACGAACGGGGUCGCUGUUAUAGUGGUGAGAGGCGGAGAGGAUCCGGCGGAUCGUCGUCAGGUCCGAAGCACGGCAGGAAUACGUCGUUAACGGUGUGAUUGGACAAUCAGAGGAACGAGCCAGGAAAGCACUGAAGUGCUGAGAGUGUGUGUGUGAGAGAGAGAGAGGGGGUGAGAGAGGGAGAGAAAGAGAGAGAGAGGGGGGAAGCCGUGGACAGUCUCACAAACAGCGAUCCGUUUCGGUUCCUGGAGGAUGUCUGCGACCACAGUCGAUCAGAGACCUAAAGGACAAGGGAAUAAAGUGCAAAACGGAUCAAUGCAUCAAAAGGAUGGUGUGAAUGAUGAUGAUUUUGAGCCUUACCUGAGCGGCCAGACAAAUCAGAGUAACAGCUAUCCACCAAUGUCUGACCCCUACAUGCCCAGCUACUAUGCUCCAUCCAUUGGUUUCCCCUACUCUCUGGGAGAGGCUGCGUGGUCCACAGCAGGAGACCCCCCUAUGCCCUACCUUACGACCUAUGGACAGAUGAGCAAUGGCGAGCCGCACUUCAUCCCUGACGGAGUUUUCAGCCAGCCAGGUGCUCUGGGAAACACACCUCCCUUCCUGGGCCAGCAUGGCUUUAACUUUUUCCCUGGUAAUGCAGACUUUUCCACCUGGGGUACCAGUGUUUCUCAGGGUCAGUCCACACAGAGCUCGGUCUAUAGUAACAGCUACGGGUAUGCUCCCAGUUCGCUGGGUCGAGCCAUUACUGACGGACAGGGGGGCUUCGGAAGUGACACUCAGCUCAGCAAGGUCCCAGUGCUGAAUAGCAUCGAGCAAGGCAUGGCGGGGCUGAAGCUGGGUACAGAUAUGGUGGCCGCUGUCACCAAAACUGUAGGCUCACCCUUAGGAGGCACGGCAGGUAUGAGCAGCAUGGCGGCCAAUAACCUCCCUCCGUCUGUCAGCUCGUCGGCACCCAAACCUGCAUCCUGGGCAGCCAUUGCCAAGAAGCCGGCUAAGCCACAGCCCAAGGUCAAACCUAAAGCCAACAUUGGGAUGGGGGGAGGCAUCACCAUUCCCCCACCCCCCAUAAAGCACAAUAUGAACAUUGGUACUUGGGACGAUAAGAGCUCUCUGAACAAGCCCCCGAUAGCUCAGACUAUGAUGCCUCACCAAACCCUGGUGCAGCAGCCUCUCUUAGCUCAGCCUCAACCCUUGCUGCAGAACCCUUUACCCCCCCAGCCUCAACACCAGCCCCAGCACCAACACCAGCCGUUCCAACUCCAGUCUCUCCAGUCGCCCCAACACCCCCAGGCUCUUGCCCCUGGCCCGCCACACCUGCACCUUACUUCCCAACAUGGCCCCCCACAGCACCUUCAUCAGCAACAACCCCAUCAGCCUGGUCCACCCCCCAACCGCUGGGUGGCUCCGAGGAACCGGGGUGAGGGCUUUGGUCUGGGGGGUGGAGUCCCGAUGAGUGCCUCUCUUUGUUCUGGAGAAGUGCACCCAGUGCUGGAGAAACUUCGUGCCCUCAACAACUACAACCCCAAAGACUUUGACUGGAACUUGAAAAACGGACGCGUUUUCAUCAUCAAGAGCUACUCGGAAGACGACAUUCACCGCUCAAUCAAGUAUUCUAUCUGGUGCAGUACAGAACAUGGCAACAAGCGCCUGGACGGCGCGUACCGCUCCAUGGGCAACAAGGGCCCCCUGUACCUGUUGUUCAGCGUCAAUGGCAGUGGGCACUUCUGCGGUGUGGCCGAGAUGCGCUCACCAGUGGACUACAAUGCCUAUGCAGGCGUCUGGUCUCAGGACAAGUGGAAGGGCAAGUUUGAGGUGAAGUGGGUUUUCAUCAAAGACGUGCCCAACAACCAGCUGCGCCACAUCAGACUGGAGAACAAUGACAACAAGCCAGUGACUAACUCCAGGGACACUCAGGAAGUGCCUCUGGAGAAGGCCAAACAAGUGCUUAAAGUUAUCGCCACUUACAAGCAUACCACCUCAAUCUUUGAUGACUUUGCACAUUAUGAGAAACGUCAGGAAGAGGAGGAAUCUCUGAGAAAGGAGCGCAGUAGAAAUAAACAGUAACCUUCAAGCAAGCUCUCUGCUAGAACUGCAACACUAAUGAUGUAGGACCUUAAAUAAAAAUUUUUUUUUUGCCUAACCACAAAGGAGGAAAGGCUCUCACAAUCUUUCCCGCUGAAGACGACAAUGUAUCUGAACACUUGAACAUGACAAUAGAUGGACUCAUCUGUAUCCGUUGACUGGUGCAUCAGACUUUGUGUUCCUGUCUCACGAGAAAAAGAGCAUAAUCCACUUUGAAAGAAAAAAAAAAAACUGUCUUUAAAGCACUUUCAGUCCCUCUAAACAGCCUCUACCAAUAACUCUCUAACGCUGUUCUUCUUUAAUUUUUUUUUUUUGUUUGUUUGUUUGUGAGCGACUAACUGAUUAACCAGAGUAGUCAAAAGAUUUCACUGAGCUUAUUUGUAAUUUUUGUAAUGCCUCAAAUGUUUGGGAUAUCAGUGUACCACAUCAGGCCCUGAGAAGAAUUCCAACAUAUGUAGAAAUUAAUCUCAUGUUUGAAUCUGUAUCCAGCCGCCGAAUGCUCAGCACUGAAUGAUUGACAGGUGGGAUGAAAUAAUUGGGAGACAGCCACGAUUAUGCCAAUCAUAAGAUGUAUCCUCCCUUUACCUGUUCCCUUCCUUUUGGCAUCUGUUUCUGUGUACCAAAAGAUUAUAUGAUUAUGCAGCGGGCCAGGCGAGCGUCGGCCAGUGCACAUCUUUGUUUUUUUGUUUUUUUUGUUUCGUUUCUUUUCUCUCUUGUGAUUCUGUCAUUCUGAAGUGCAUUUGUCUGAGGAGAAACCUGCUGCUCUGUUGGGACUGGCGGCGGCCCCCACCGGCCCCCCCCCCCCUGGGCGACCGUCUUUGCUCUGAUGUUGAUGUACUCGACCGUACCUCAGGCUCAAUCAGACUGUCUGUCCUCCACAACUCUUUUUGCAUUUUUGGGAGCAUCUCUGUGUCACUCCCCCCCCCCCGGUCACCCACCCAGCCAACAACUCGACUCGGCGGGGAUUCUCCCAAAAAGGCAAGACAUCAACUGCAAGGAUGUGACAGUUUUCUCUUCUAGGUAACUCACUAGCUAAAAUAAAAUUACUCAUGUUUAGCGCAAAC